AUGACGAGGGGAGGCGGCAAGGAGGAGCUGGGGAAGGUGAUGGGCCCGCUGUUCCCGCGGCUCCACGUCAGCGACGCAGGCAAGGGCGGCGGCCCGCGGGCUCCGCCAAGGAACAAGAUGGCGCUCUACGAGCAGCUCACCGUGCCGUCCAACCGCUUCAGCUCCCGCGCCUCGGGGGCCAGCCUCGUGCCCUCCACGUCGGCUGCCCAGGUUUAUGGUUAUGACAGGACUCUGUUCCAGCCCUUCAAUGUGCCUUCAAAUGAACCUGCUCGUUCAUCUGAAAAGUUCAAAGGAAACUCUAUCAAUGGCCAGUCUAAUAGUACAAGAAGAGAAUCUCUGAGGAUGUCCUCACAGACCAAGAGCAAGGAUGUCUGUGCUUCAAAAUCAAUUGCCGAGUGCACCUCACAGCAUAGAGUGGGCAACACCAUCAAGUCUUCUGGGAAGAAAGUGGCCAAUGAUGAUGAAUUUAUGGUUCCUUCCAUCUGUUCUCCUAGAUUUUAUCAAUAUUCUACUCAAGAACAUGCAAAUAAAUCAAAACCCCAAUCUGCUACAAAUCCACACAAAAGUCCUUCUGCAAUGUCCAAAUCAUCUGCAAAGUGCUAUAGUACUGUGAAUAAGCACUUGGACAGAAUCAAUGAAGCUGAUAUGAGGUUAAUGAAUUCUCCAAAAGUUAAGGAGAAAGAAGCAGUGCAAGGAUCAAAAGGUGUGGAAGUUAAAGAAAAGAAUUCAUCAAUUCAGGCAUCAGAAAAGUUCAAAGACAAAUAUGCUAAACUAUGUCAAAUGAGGAAUAAGGUGAGUAAUAUAAAUCGUGCUGACAAUAACAGUCGCCAACCUACAAGCGUGAAUGGAAAAUCCACAGAAGCAAAGAACCCUACAGCAACUAGAAAUCCAUCAUCCUGUAAACCAUGUACUGAUGUAGAUAGCUCUAACUGGAAUUCUAAUUUACUGGAAAGAAGCCCACAGGAAGGUGGUGCAAAGAGAAAACGAGAACAUCACAAUGGAGAGCAAAAUGAUGAUUUAUCUGACUCCUCAGUGGAAUGCAUACCUGGGUGGGAGCUCUCUCCAGAUGAAAUUGUUGGUGCAAUUGGUCCAAAGCAUUUCUGGAAGGCGAGAAGAGCUAUUCAGAAUCAGCAGAGGGUUUUUGCUGUCCAAGUGUUCGAGCUGCAUAAGCUGAUAAAAGUGCAGAAGCUAAUUGCAGCAUCUCCACAUCUGCUUAUUGAAGGUGAUCCUGUCCUUGGCAAUGCCUUAAUGGAAAAAAGGAACAAGCUUCCUAAAGGAAAUUUGAAAGUUCAGACCCUGUCAAUCACAAACAAAGAUGAUAUCCAGCCAACUCUAGACAAACCAGAGCUAUCAAAACAAAACACAGAAGGAAACCCAUCGCACCAUUCUCGUGAUGAUGGACUUGGCGACAACCAUCAUGAUGAAGCUGCAGCAAACGAAACCUUUACAAGCAACCCUCCAGCUAUUCCUGUUGCUCCUGACAACAAACAGAAUAACUGGUGCAUGAAUCCGCCACAGAAUCAGUGGCUUGUCCCAGUUAUGUCGCCUUCUGAAGGUCUUGUCUAUAAGCCUUAUGCUGGCCCUUGUCCCCCAGUUGGAAAUCUGUUGACACCAUUUUACGCCAACUGUACUCCGUUAAGACUGCCUUCUACACCAUAUGGUGUUCCUAUGCCUCACCAACCACAGCAUAUGGUCCCUCCUGGUGCUCCUGCCAUGCAUAUGAACUACUUCCCACCUUUCAGUAUGCCAGUGAUGAAUCCAGGAGCACCAGCAUCUGCAGUGGAGCAAGGGAGCCAUGCUGCUGCGCCACAGCCUCAUGGGCACAUGGAACAGCAGUCGCUGAUCUCUUGUAACAUGUCACACCCGAGUGGCAUUUGGAGAUUUCUUGCAUCAAGGGACAGCGAGCCACAAGCCAGCAGCGCCAGCAGCCCUUUCGAUAGGCUUCAAGCUCAAGGUGACGGAAGUGGCCCGGUGUCAUUCUUUCCCUCGGUUCCGAAUGCCCAGCUUCAGCCCUCAUCUGGAGGCCGGGACCAGCAGAACCAUGUAAUCAGGGUUGUUCCACGUAACGCACAGACUGCUUCAGUUCCGAAUGCCCAGCCUCAGCCGUCAUCUGGAGGCCAGGACCAGCAGAACCAUGUAAUCAGGGUUGUUCCACAUAACGCACAGACGGCUUCAGAGUCAGCAGCACGGAUUUUCCGGUCAAUACAAAUGGAGAGGAAGCAAAAUGAUUCGUAG